AAACUUGCACUGAAGGCAGCAAUGUGGUGUAAACCUCUCUAUUUGAUUUUCCAAAGAACCGGGUAUGGAUAUUCUUCAAGGCAGUCAUAAGUAGUUAUACAAGAGGGACGCGUGGUUCCUGUCUCCAGUAAUUGGCAGUCACCCUCUUGGAGCUCCUGAGGGAAAUCAUACAUGUAGGGUAUAACCAAAGCAACACCUGAGUGAUACCACUGUAGGGCAAGAGACAGAAGAGUUCAGCCAACCAUCAGCAGAAGAGAUAAGAAACUGUAAAAUCCUCAAAGAUCAAGUAGAACACACUGAUUCAGCAGAACUGGCUGGUUGUGCUGCAGUCAUCAUGAGUAGGCACAGGGUCAUUCGUUUCUUAACAUAUGUAUAAGAGAAAAAGGUUCAGACAAGAAUCUGGUGGUCUUUCCCUGACAAAUGGAGAACUAUUUCCAAGCAGAGGCAUAUAACCUCGAUAAGGUUUUAGAUGAAUUUGAGCAAAACGAAGAUGCCGCUGUUUCACCUACACUAUUGGGUGCAAAGUGGAAUCAGAUUCUAGAUCCGCCUUCUCGUCAUCUGUCAUUUAACCCGACCGUGGCCAAUGUGAAUGAAGCUACAACUCCUAAUGAAUGUCAACAGAGAUUAAAGUCUUUUUCCUUGUCUCAUUCAGUGACUACACCAACAGGAGGAGGGGAUCACUGUGCUAAUGGAAAGGAUUUUAGCAUAAGCCCAGAGACCCCAGUCAUGUGGAUUGAUGAUCAGGCAGCAGCUGACGAUCAAUUAAUUAAAAGAAAUAGUAAUCGGGAUGAUCAGUAUAACACUGUGGAAACAGGAGAAAAGAAAUGUGGAAAUAUAGCUUGCUUGCCAGAGGAGAAAAAUGUACUAGUGGUGGCCGUCAUGCAUAACUGUGACAGAAGAACACUACAAAGUGGCGAUUUGCUGGAUUGUAAAAAUUACAACAGUCAGUCCCUAAUGGACACUAUUAGCUUUACACUGGAUAAUGAAAACCGACAGAGUGAUCAGUUUAGUGUUACUGUAAAUGGAUCCACAGAAAAAGAUAUAGAUACAGAAAAGCAAGUAAAUAGGAUGCGCACUGAAGAUGACUCUAUAAAUCAUUUGAUUAAUGCUUCAUCUGAAAGCCUGACUGUUGCAUGCCCCUCCACUCGAUUAAAGGAUGAUUUUAAUAUGAGUAAGGAUUCACUGUUUUCAGAAGCUACAACUGCAGGGAUUAAUGCAGUGACUCGCUUACAGAGACCAGUUGAUGGUACUGAUAAAAUGCAAGAAAACUGUGUAUCAGUUGAAAAUUUUACUAGUAAAGCCAUUUCUCAGAGAACAGAUCUAGAAGCUAAAAACUCUUCUGGUUCAAGUAAUGGAAGCUUAAUCAUAGAACAGGAAACAACCCAACAGUUACAGUCUAGGCUAUCUGGGCUCACUGAAACUUGUCAACUGAACGUGGCUGGAAGUGGCAAUUACAAGGAACGUGUUGCAGAACAUUUUGCCCCUGAAGACAUUAGUGCCACUGAAAGCGAAGUCAUUGAAUGUGAUAAAAAUCUUGGCACAACGGAAUUGCUCAGCAUGGCAGAAUGUUACCCUGAAUCUCAGGAGAUGACUAAUUGGGAACUGACAAAGUUGAAUGAGAUGAAUAAUAAGCAAACUCUGGGAGAGAAUGAAAGACUUCUGCAGAUGAAACAGCCUGAUGAGGCAUGUAGUAAUAGUAAAGAAGGUGGAGAUGGGGUGAUGGAGGCAGGCAUAGACUUAAAAGGGACUGGUAUAGAUGAGCUUGAAGGGUCCAGUCUCUCUGAUGUGAUGGCUACAUCAGCAGCAAGCUCGCUGUCUAAUGGUUGUGAUUCCUAUGGAAUGCAGAACCCAGUUGUUGCUCAUGUUCCAAAGACUUUACCCUCCAAGGAAGACUCAGUAACAGAGGAAAAGGAGAUAGAGGAGAGCAAGUCAGAAUGUUACACUAAUGUUUAUGAACAGAGAGGAAAUGAGACCACAGAAGGGAGCGGUCUUAUUUUAAACAGCACUGGUGACCACAUAAAGAAAAAUUAUUUACAUAAUCUUUGUAGUCAGGUUUCAUCCAUGCAAGGGCAAACUUCACCAAAACCAGUGACUAAUCUGCAAUCUAUCAGUGUUCCUUUUGGUGGUGCAAGACCUAAACAACCUACAAAUCUUAAACUGCAGAUUCCGAAGCCAUUAUCGGACCACUUACAAAAUGAUCUUGUUCCCCCAAAUUGUGGAGGUAAUAGUAAAAACAAAAAUGUCUUUGGUAAGACACAGUUAGGGGAUACAGCAGAUGCAUUUCCUGGUGAAACAUCUUCCAAUGCCUCUGUUACUGAUACUAAUGGGGAACAUUUGGAAGAGUAUGAAUCUGGAGUCUCUAGUAGUCCGUGCCUUGCAGUAGCCCCAGAUAGUCCAGAUAAUGAUCUCAGAGCUGGUCAGUUUGGAGCUCCAGCCAGAAAGCCUUUUACGACUUUGGGUGAGGUGGCUCCAGUUUGGGUUCCAGAUUCUCAAGCACCAAACUGUAUGAAAUGCGAGGCCAGAUUUACAUUCACCAAAAGAAGGCAUCAUUGCAGAGCUUGUGGGAAGCCUCAAGACUGUUUCCUGCCCAGGACUGGGGAAUUGUUAGAGCUGGUUCAGGUUUUUUGCGCAGCGUGCUGUAGCCUGAAGUGCAAGUUGCUGUAUAUGGAUCGAAAGGAAGCUAGAGUGUGUGUAAUCUGCCAUUCAGUACUAAUGAAUGCUCAAGCCUGGGAGAACAUGAUGAGUGCCUCAAGCCAGAGUCCUAACCCUAACAAUCCCGCUGAAUACUGUUCUACUAUCCCUCCUUUGCAGCAGGCUCAGGCCUCGGGCGCCCUGAGCUCUCCGCCUCCCACUGUCAUGGUACCUGUGGGAGUUUUAAAGCAUCCUGGAGCAGAAGUGGCUCAACCUAGAGAACAAAGGCGUGUUUGGUUUGCUGAUGGGAUAUUACCCAAUGGAGAAGUUGCUGAUGCAGCAAAAUUGACAGUGGCUGGGACAACUUCCACAGGAACCUUAGCAGUGUCGCAUGAUCCAUCCAAGCCUGUGACCAACAACACUUUAUCAGCAGAAACUGAUAAUGCUUCUGUAUUCUCGGGAAAUAUAACUCAGGUUGGCAGUCCUGUUGGCAGUGCAAUGAAUCUAAUUCCUGAAGAUGGUCUUCCUCCCAUUCUCAUCUCCACUGGAGUAAAAGGAGACUAUGCUGUAGAAGAGAGACCUUCUCAGAUCUCUGUCAUGCAGCAGCUGGAGGAUGGUGGCCCUGACCCUCUAGUAUUUGUUUUAAAUGCUAAUUUGCUGUCCAUGGUAAAAAUAGUAAAUUAUGUGAACAGGAAGUGCUGGUGUUUCACUACGAAAGGCAUGCAUGCAGUGGGGCAGUCAGAGAUAGUCAUUCUCUUGCAGUGUUUGCCUGAUGAGAAAUGUUUGCCUAAGGAUAUCUUUAACCAUUUUGUGCAACUUUACCGGGAUGCCUUAGCAGGUAACGUUGUUGGCAAACUGGGACACUCCUUUUUCAGCCAGAGCUUCCUUGGAAGCAAAGAACAUGGAGGGUUCUUGUAUGUUGCGGCUACAUAUCAGUCCCUGCAAGACCUGGUGCUCCCAACCCCACCGUACUUGUUUGGUAUCCUCAUUCAAAAAUGGGAGACUCCCUGGGCUAAAGUGUUCCCCAUUCGGCUGAUGUUGAGACUUGGAGCUGAAUACAGACUUUAUCCAUGCCCACUUUUUAGUGUCAGAUUCCGUAAGCCUUUGUUUGGAGAGACUGGACACACGAUUAUGAACCUUCUUGCAGACUUCAGAAAUUACCAGUACACACUGCCUGUGGUCCAAGGUUUAGUGGUUGAUAUGGAAGUCAGAAAAACCAGCAUUAAAAUUCCUAGCAACAGAUACAAUGAGAUGAUGAAAGCCAUGAACAAAUCCAACGAGCAUGUUCUAGCAGGGGGAGCGUGCUUCAAUGAGAAGGCAGACUCACAUCUGGUGUGUGUUCAGAAUGAUGACGGGAAUUACCAGACGCAGGCCAUCAGCAUCCACAAUCAGCCACGGAAGGUGACUGGUGCCAGCUUCUUUGUGUUCAGUGGAGCUUUAAAAUCCUCUUCAGGCUACCUUGCCAAAUCCAGUAUAGUAGAAGAUGGAGUAAUGGUCCAGAUAACUGCUGAGAACAUGGACUCUUUGAGGCAGGCCUUGAGAGAGAUGAAAGACUUCACCAUCACUUGUGGCAAAGUAGAUGCUGAAGAUCCUCAGGAACACGUUCAUAUUCAGUGGGUAGAAGAUGAUAAAAAUUUUAGUAAGGGUGUUGUAAGCCCUAUUGAUGGCAAAUCAAUGGAGUCUAUAACAAGCGUGAAGAUAUUUCAUGGCUCAGAGUACAAGGCAAACGGAAAGGUCAUCCGGUGGACAGAGGUGUUUUUUCUGGAAAAUGAUGAGCAACAUAAUGGUCUGAGUGACCCAGCCGAUCACAGCAGAUUGACUGAAAACGUGGCAAAGGCUUUCUGUUUAGCUCUCUGUCCUCAUCUUAAACUGUUGAAAGAAGAUGGAAUGACUAAGCUAGGUCUGCGUGUUACACUUGACUCAGAUCAAGUUGGUUAUCAAGCUGGGAGUAAUGGACAGCCCCUGCCCUCUCAAUACAUGAAUGACCUGGACAGUGCCUUAGUUCCAGUGAUUCAUGGGGGGGCCUGUCAGUUGAGUGAGGGGCCAGUCAUAAUGGAGCUCAUCUUUUAUAUUCUGGAAAACAUCUCAUAAGAGGACUUCAUUUUCUGUUCAGACCUGUUCCAGCAGCAGUUGUAUCUGAAUCAUUUGCACUUUAAAACUGGAAAAUUAAGCUUUUGUUAACACUAUUGGGGGAGGGAGGAGGGGAGGGGAGGGAGGGACAGUUGUUCCAUAAUUCUAAAUCUUCUAUGCAUUGUCAACAACCAGAGGAUCAGGGCAGCUUCUAUACUACAACAUGGCUAUGCUAUCCUUGCAGCUAAUACACUUCUGUUACUGUUUAGAAAAAUGCUCAUGUUUAAAGACUUACAGUCAUGUACUCUAAAUGCUCAAACGGGUGCAAAGAUCACUGGGGCAUAAAUAAAAAGUGAAACUCCACUCUUGUACUGUUUGUAGAUGGACAUUGUAAGAAACAACAAUCAAGACCUCCAUUCUGACCUCAUCAUAAUGCCGUUUGUGGUUAUUCUGUAGACAUUAAAAAGUAACGUUUACAUUAUUUUGACCAGAUAAUUGGUUGAAAUACGUUUGGAGUAGCCCUUGAGAGAUACGGGAAGAUUACCUAGCCAUAACUACUCCAUGUGUAUAUGCGUCCAGGGGAGCAGAAGGGCAGGCAUCUCUCUGAAAGCGGUAUUAUGUAGACUCCAGUUUUGUGUGUGUAAUAGGCUAGUUUACUUUUCUCCUCUAUCUACUAUAAAAAAACCCGUCACCUCGGCAGAUUUCUAUAAUCUUCUAGAACAACUCUGCUAGUCUGCACUUUGUUUACAAAUCUGUAUGAAGCAGAGGAACUGUUAGCCCUAAAGUGCAGUUAUAUCUCAUUCCUCUUCCCCAGUAGGUCCUGCUUUAAAGAAAAGUAACACCCAGGGCAGCUUUAAGUCUCCUCCUCGCUGUAUGCUGUAGUGUAACACUAGUGUCAUGUAAUACCAGACAGCUCGCACUUCAUAUUAGCAGCACCAUGUCAAAGCUUACCUGUGAUAAAAGUAUCGAGUGGCUGUUUUUGCAUGUUCUGCUGAAAAAAAGGCUUUCUGGUCAGCUCCAAACGCUGCACUUAGCCCAGUGCUCCUGGUCUCACCUGAGAGGGUGUUAGUAAGGAAAGCAGCUGCUCAUGUCUGCCACGGCAGCGUGAUGCUGGUGCUGAGAAUCAGCCCAAGGAAAGGCGCUUCCACCUUGUUAGAGUCUCCCUGGAAAGCUGCUACCCAGCUGCAGGCAGGGGGUUAGGAGGUUUAGCUGUAGCCAGGGACAGCAGCUCCUGGGAGGUGGUGGAAGGGGGAGUGUGGGGGGUGUGAAGGUUUCUCCUCCCUGGAAACUUGAGAUUAUUGAAAAAUACAGAAAAUUUAUUUGGAAAAAGAGAGGGGCUGCUGGAUGGUGAACAUGGUAUCUCAGCCUAUGCUCCCUCCCUGCAGUCAGGUCUGGUGGACACAGUGGGGAUUAUUUUGGUUUUGCUGUAGGUGAGGAACAGGCGUCCUUUCAAAUCUAAAGGAAAGUGCAAGGCUGCUGUGAGACCGAUGCCAUAUUUCUUAAACAAAUACACAGCAUUAGCUGGGCAAAGGAAAAGGUACUGUACACGUAGCAAUGUAUUUUAUGUAAAGACAGCACAGUUUCUGUACAGAGUGCAUUUGUGAAUAAAUGGCUACUGCUUUCUGGGAAAAAAAAAAAAAA